AUGACAAGUUCUAAGACUAGACGACGAAGCGAUGACAUCGGGUUGGCCAAUCGGGGGAGGAAUUUGCUGGAGGGGCUGAAUCUAUCACAAAUCGCCAAGGUUGCAACGACUGCUAGUGAGGGUUUUCUUACUCAUGUUCGUGAACCUUGGGGUUCUUAUGCUUCGAUAGGGUUCUCGAUCGACGAGAAGAUGACAGUUGAAGGGUGGGAAGAUUAA